AUUAAUUAUAAGCUAAAUUAUUAUUCUCACUUUGAAUGGGUGGUAGUAUUCCAAGAGAAAGAUUAGGAAGAUCAAUAAUGAGUAGUGUAAGCUAGAGUGAAAGUGAAAUUGAAGUAUUUGACUAGCCAACAUAUAUUUAUCAAAAAUUGAAAAUUGAUGAGGACUUUCCAAAUUGGGUUUAACAAAUGUAUUAAAGGUAUGGAGCUUAUAAUUCUCCUGAAAAAUUACCGUAAAACUAAAAUUUAGAAGAGACUGAAGAGAGAUCAUCAGAUUACUUUUUUUUAGGGUUUAAUUUAAAUGAAUAAAAGCAUGGGUAUGGAGUGCUGAUGAAAGACAAUAAAUUUUAUGAAGGAUAUUUCGAAUCUGACAACAAAAAGGGAUGGGGCAGAUAAUUGGAACCAAAUUUCUUGAUGGUAAAAAUAAUAAUAAAUUAAAGGAAGGAAAGUGGGAAAACAAUAAGAUAGUAAGUGAUAAAAUAAUAAUUAAAGGGAAUUUUAAAUUUUUUGGGUAAUUUUCAGAUAAUACUCUGCACGGCAGAGGUACAAUGAUAGACUUAGAAAAAGAAGAAAAAUAUGAAGGGAAUUUUGAAUAUGGUAUUUUGAAUGGGAAAGGAAAAAUAACAAAUUUGAAAUACGAUGCUUAUUAUGAUGGAGAUAUCCAGAAUAACUAAAUGGAAGGCAAAGGCAUAUUUAGAUUUGGAAAUGGGAUGGAAUAUGAAGGAGAAUUUUCACAAAAUUAAUUAAAUGGUAAAGGGUAUUUAGUAUAUCCGAAUGGGAUGUAUUACAAGGGUAUGAUGAAUAUAAUAUGAAGGUGAUUUUGUUAAAAAUAUGAUGCAUGGAAUGGGAAUUCUGAAGGAAAAUGAUCAAAUCUAUGAAGGAGAAUUUAGAAAUGGGUUAAAACAUGGAUAUGGUAAGAUUAUCUGCAAUAAUAUUGAAAUAGUGGGCAGUUGGGAAGAGGACAGAUUUUAAGAAGAAUUUGAAUGA